AUGCGCGAGAGCGCCCCGCUGCUUGCCACUGAGCGCUCGAACGAGGCAGAAGAAGAGAUGAUCACGAGCACACCGGACGCAUACGUGAUGGACACCACGGUCACGGUGCCUGCUGGCGACUCCAAGGGGGUCUUCGUGGCUUUCGCCAGCUGCGCUCUGCUCGUGGUGCUCAUGCUGUCCCUGUCCGCAGGUGGCCCUCAGCCAGCUGGGCGCCUUUCCCUGGACCAGCAGCCACGGACGCGCGGCCACCCAGGCCCCACUACACUGGCCUUGUUUUGUCCACAGGCGCGAGCCGAGCGACCCGAGUCGGCCGGCCUGCUGUUCGGCCUGUCGCUCUUCCCCUACCACCUGUGCACACACGCCGUAUUCUGCUGCGCGCACCUGAACGAGUCGUCGCUGCAGAUCGAGGCGCCCAGCGAUGCUCAAGGGUUCCCGCGAUAUCUUCGCGGUCUGAACCCUCAUCUGCGUCCGCUGCUGGGACUCGGCGGCAGGAUGCCCGCCGCCAUGAUGAGCGGCUCCGACUGGAUCUUCCUCGAGAGCUCCAUCGUGUGGCUAACGCCCCGAGGCUAUGCGGGCGCCGUGCUCCUGUGGAAGGUCUCGCUGGACACGCUGGCGGCGCGGCGCGGAUACAGCGAGCUCUUGGAGCGCGUGUCGCGCCGAUUCGGCCGGGAGGGCUUCGUGCUCAGCGUGCUCGUGGACACCGGGGACAGCCUGAAGCAGCGUCUCGACCUGGGCGAGCUCGACGCGGCGCUGCCGGGCGGCGGUGACCACUCGACGGCUUCCGUCCUGCUGCACCCGAUCGUGCGCGAGCCGCCCGUGGCCCGAAGUCAGGGGGUCGAGGACGCCCGCUCGGCGGUUGUCUACGAGAAGCACAGGCUCCGCGACGCGCUCAAGCAACUGCGGUCGACGCUGAGACAGGCACGUGCGGAAUGUUGCGCCAAGCCACACCGAAGCAGUCUAAAGGGGCCCUAA